AACAUUUAAGGAUGAACAUAGAUGUUAUUCAUAUUCAUUCAUAUUUUUCAUCCACCAAAUCAAUUAAAAUUGUUGGCAUUCGAAUAUUUAAAUUAAUAUGUAUGGAAAUUGGAUUAAGACAAACUUCCCUUAUACAGGGUGUUUCUAAAUAAAAAUGACAAACUUUAAGGGGUAAUUCUACAUGAAAAUAUAAUGACAGUUUGCUCUAUAAACAUAUGUCCGCAAAUACUUCGUUUCUGAGAUAAGGGGUGUAAAAAUUGUUCUUACAAACUGACAAUUUAUUUAUUGCUCUAAAACCCGUAAAGAUAUGCCAAUGAAAUUUGGUGGGUUAUAAGAGGUAGUUAUUGUGCAUUUUUUGACAUACAAUUAAGAAUUUUAUAUUAAUCAUUUGCUUGCAUAUGGGUAAUGGUCUGAAAUUUUUUAAAGAAUCAAAUUGCACACCAUUCAAGGCUAACACUAAGACAUAAAUAUAAUACAUUUUCAUAAAAAAGUUUGAAACCGGUUUGGAGUAAUAUUAAGAAAUUUAGAUUUAUUUUGUAAUUUUAACACCCCGUAAUUUUUUUCUGGAUGUUCUUUUGCAUAUAGAGAAGGGAGGCCAAAUUGACUUAUGCAAGUGUAUGUACAGAGGUGUAGAGAUAUGAACAAGGAUGUCUGCAAAUGCUUUGUGGAUUACUCAAAGGCCUUUGACAAUGCAAGACAUGAUAUGACCAACUAAUUGAAAUUCUCCAAAACAGGAAUUGAUGAUAAGGAAACAGAAUUGUGACAAGUCCGUACUGGAAUCAUACAGCCAGGAUAAAAGUUGGCAAUUUGUUCACAGAGCAUUGAGACCAGAAAAGAUGUGUGGCAGGGAUGUGUUUUUCCCCUCUCCUUUUUAAUAGUCAUCCUGAACUAAUUUUUAAAACAGCACUGAAUGAAACAAAUGUAGGUAUAAAAAUCAAUGGGGAAGUGACAAAAAAUAUCUGAUAUGCAUACGAUACUUGCCGCAGUACUUGACGAUACGGUACUUGUCAGCAGUAUUGAUAAACUUUAUUUAUUUAUUUAUUCACGGGCAAGCCCUAUUCAGAUAUAAAUGUUACAGUGUUAUAAAUUAUCAUAAUAUAACAUAACAAUGUGGUUUGAGAAAAAUAAUUCUAUGAGUAGUACAGUUACAAAAAAAAAAUAAGAUAACAUAUCGUUAGAUUAGAAUGACAGGGUUCCAACUAACAAAAUCGCAUAUUUGGAGUUAUUAGUGUGAAAAGGUUCCAACUGAUCUUGUUUAUCUUUUGAUCUGACAACAGCGCUGUCUAACAACGUAAUUCUGACUUAUUACAAUGCCAAGGUUCCAUCUGUGAACAUAAAUAAAACAAAACUAGAAUGACAUGGUUUCAGGUGACACAUGAAACCUUGUCACUCAACCAAUAAUUAAGAUUUGCAUGUAUUCGUUUGACAAUGUUCCAACUGCAACAGCUGUUCAUGUUCACUGUCUAGUAUUGAGGUUAUGUUUUCAUUGUUGUUUAUAACAAUGACGGAACUAAAUGAGUUGGGACGACUUAUUACUGAGUUAUUAAGUGAGGAUGAAGAAUUAGAGGACUCGGGUGAUUCUUACUCCCCAUCAUCAGAAAGUUUAAGCGAUGAAAAUGAAGAAAUUACUGACAGGCGACCCAGAAAUAAAGCCAAGAAGCGUGUUCCUGCAGAUAUUUCAACAACGGCAACCAAAUCAAAACCAGCGUUGAUGCCCAUUGAUCUCCCAUCAACUUCAACCGCUGGCGCUCACCAAACUACUUCAAAUGAUGAGGUCCAUUUGCCUAUAAAUCCGGUUGGGGAAGAAGUUAUUAUUGAUCAGGUAACAAACACUAAACCUCCUCCUGUUAAGAGAAGAAAAAGGGAUGUUUCUUCUUGGAAAAGCCAGAAACGUUAUAUCAGCCAUCAAAAAGGGGAAUCUUAUGUGAGUCGUAGAGGAGUUGUAGAGCCCGCUAAAGAAGUUAAAAGUUUGAAGGACUGUUUAAAUGACUGUAAAUUCAAAUGUGGGGUAUCUAUUAGUGAAAAUGAAAGACAAGCUUUGUUUAAGGCGUUUUAUGGCAUGAAUCAGAAUGGAAAACAUCAAUAUCUUGGGUACAACCACAAAAUAUCAGUCAGAAAGACCUAAAGAUAGGAACAGAGAAUCAUACGAAAAAUUCACUUUUAGGUACUUCUUUGAUGUUGGUAACCAAAAGGUACAAGUCUGCAAAAAAUUUUGCUUAGGAACGCUAAGCAUCUCACAAAAACCUGUCUAUACGGUUCAUAAUAACAAAGAUGAGGUCACCAAUACACCCAAGCCGGACGGUAGGGGCAAAAGUGCCCAAAGUUCAAGACGCCUCAAUGAAGAAAUAAAAAAAACUGUGAGAAAUCACAUAAAAUCUUUUCCCAAUGUUGAGUCUCAUUACUGUAGGGCCACAACACAAAGAAAGUAUCUGGAUUCAAACCUCAAUUUAGCUAAAAUGUACAAACUUUACACAGAUAAGUGUAGGGAGGAAAAUGUUGUGCCUGUUAAGCUAAGUAUGUAUCGACGUAUUUCAUCCUCUAAAGUAUUAAAUUUUCAGUUGGUCCCAUUCAUCCAAGUUUCAGUUUUAGAAUUCGCACAAUCCCUGCAUUUGAUCUCAUUCAAAACCUCUUUUUUGGAAGAGAAUGCAGUGACCGUAUCUUGAGGUUUGUUGUAUUGGCAUCCAAGAAAGGAAGAGUGACACAAAAAAGCACGCAAAGACAAGCCGAAGAAAACGCACCAAUCUAGAAAUUGAUAAAACCCAAACACCUAGUGAACUCCAAGGCAACACUCUCGGCGAAAAAAAUAAAGGAUAUCAAGUCAAUGUUACAGUUUAUGCCCUUGCAAGACACAGCGUUCUACACCACAUUAUUAAAACUGUGAAAAUGUUGACAUAGGUCAAAAACACUUACUGUACCUUUCUUUAAAAUAAAGUCAUAGUAAUUGAAAUUUAUACCAGUGUAAUUAUUUCAGAAUCCUACUAACUAUACCUAUGGAUCAGACUAAAUAAAUCAUUUACUUUGGUAUGAGAAGGUUCCACCUACCACAUAGAACCUUGUCACACAUAAAAUGUCAAGUUUAAAAAGUGACAAGGUUCCAACUGUAAACAAAAAAAAAUUGUAAAUUUCUUACUAAGGAGCAUUUUUUUCUUUUUUACCAGCCAAAACCUUGUUAUGUAUAUAACUAAGAAGUGUGUACACAAAAAUCAAACAAUAUAUCAAAAACACUUGUGUGGUGUCAAGGUUAAACUUUGGGGACUGUUUUCUCAAAACUAGGUUGUGGUUAGUUGGAACCCUGUCAUUCUAGCCUAAC